UCCUGCAUGACUAAGGAGAGGGAACUGCUCCUUAGGAUCGUGGUGGAUGGAGCUCAGGGGUGAGGUUACACACAGCCUGGCCCACAGGACCCUAUCUGAUGACUGUGACAGUCCCCUUCGCUGUGACUCCUGUGGUCACCAGGUGGAGAUCACAAAGUUUGGGCAAACCCAUGGCACUGUUCAGGUGCCUCCCCUCUGCUGGCCUGGCACCUUAGAGUUAGAAGCUAGGCUCUGAACGAUUCUUCUUGGUAUUCCCCCAGCCGGCCUUGGCGAAUGAGAUGUCACACAGAGAGGGGCCUCGGGAUACCAGGCAAACCAAGCUCACGAUCCUGCAGGCAGCUGCCGGAUGGGUAGCGCAGGGUAUGGUGGCCAAUGUGUUAUUCUGAGCUGAAAUUUCUGUGGCUUUCCACACUCCUCCUCUGUAUGUGGCUGAUUUCAGGUAUGCCGAGCACCCCUGUGACCUGUGGCUGCCUGUCCAUGGCUCAUGGAACAUGGAGAGGGAGCAGCCACUGGCCUCCCUUAGCAGGUUUCCUGCUAGAGAAGUGGUCUGGAGUCUGACUGCCCCCCCCCCCGUGCCACCUGGGCUGGUAGGGAAAUGGGGAAUAACCAAGAAGUAUGUGCUUAGAGAGGGGAGAGGGCCAGGGAGCCUGGCCUGGUGCCGCUCAGGCUGGCCAGAGCCAACUCCACGGUCUGGGGGCAGAGGAUCUCAGCAAUAAUUCAGGGUUCCUGCUCUUUGGAACCAGUUGCCAGGAAACAGGGAGACAGGCACGUGCAUCCCUGGGGAGAACAGGUUUCUAGGCCAGACAAAGCCGUGAAAUGGAAGCCCAGAGUGCAGACUGGAGGCCUGCGGCCUGCCCACUCCACACACAAAGGCUGAGGGAGACAGGGCGGGGCUGUGAGGAAGGUACACAUAGCUAGUCUGUCCACAGUCAUAGGAUGCACACAUAUGGGUCCUGGACUCAAGAGUUCGAGUGGAAAACUUUUCCUGCAAUUAUUCUAAGAGAAGAACAGCCACCAGUAUUCCUAAGUGCAGGAGAAUGGACUCUCCAAAGUGCCGUCUUCAUUAACUUUGGCCAAUAUGGGUCAAGGCAAGGGUCUGAGGCGGCUUCUGCCUGUCCCAACCUCAGAAUCAUUGGGAUCAGGAUCGGGUUUACCUGCUUGGCACUGUGCCACCUGGGGAGAAUGGUGCAUCUUUCAUGAAGUCAUCCGAUCCCUGGGACAGACUCUUGGUUCCUCCAAGUUUCUGGAGCCAGACCCACUGGUGCCCACUGAGCUACCACCUUCUGUGCCUGGGUGCCAGGCCCCUCUCCGCUGCAGCCAUGAACCAAGCCUUCUGGAAAGCUUACAAGUCCAAAGUGCUGCAGACUCUGGGUGGAGAAUCUGAAGAGGACCUGGCAGAGGAGAGGGAGAACCCAGAAUUAGUGGAGUCUGAGACACCAGAAGCCCCGGAGGAGGCCCUCAACCCUAUGUCACAGCUGGCCCGAAGGGUUCAGGGGGUCGGGGUGAAAGGUUGGCUGACGAUGUCAUCGCUGUUUAACAAAGAGGACGAGGACAAACUGCUGCCACCAGAGCCCUGUGCUGAUCACCCGCUGGCGGCGCCCCCCUCCUCGCAGGCCUCCGCAGCAGAGACAGAGUCGCGCGGGCCGGGAUUCUGGGACACCUUCGCCAGCAGAUGGCAGCAGCAGCAGCAGCAGGCGGCGUCCAUGCUGCGCGGUGUGGAAACCACCGCGGAGCCGGAUGCGGAGCCCCAGGACAAGCCUGCCGAGGAGACCACGGAGUGCCCCGAGACGCGGGAGGUGGAUCCCGCCGCAGGCUUCAAGUGGGGUUUCCUCACCCACAAACUGGCAGAGAUGAGGAUGAAGGCCGCGCCCAAGGGCGACUAGCCGGCGCCCGUCCUUCCCUACCUCCCAUUAAAAAAAAAAACUCCUGGAUCGACA